CAGUCAGAGCAGUAAGCAGAGCUCCCCCGGCAAGCAAAGGGUGAGCUUGCCUUGACAGGCAGGCGCUCAUAGAAGCUGCUGCUACUCAGAGUGUAGGCUCUCCUCUAUCAGGAAGGAGGGGAAAGCGACAAAGAAACUGCAAAUCACUUUCCAUCACAACUGAGCAUGAAAGUGACCAGGGAGAGCGCGGCUUGAAGGCAGCCAGAAGACAACGGUCUUCCUAGAGACUUGGAACAACAAAUCUGACCUUUCUCGGGAGAACAUUAGGCUAUACUUGCAAGUGCUGCAGAGCGACAAUUGCAGCUGUGGCUGGGGGCUGCUGCUGACAGCUCAGCAGAUGCCUGCGGAGCAGUAAUGGGUGGAUAAUAAGGAGCACCUCUGCCAGGCACCAGUGGCUCUGAAGCCAGGACACAGUCGACAGAUCCUGAUUCCAGUCAACAGAGUCGAUACAGAAUAACUCUAGGGCCAUGGAGAAAUUCCCGGGUCUGCGCUCCUGGAACACCAGUGCCAACUUGUCCACCGGCGACUGCAGUGUGGAGGACAACACGUACAAGUGCAAGUUUGACGAGGAGUUCAAGUACAUUCUGCUGCCUGUCUCCUACGGCAUUGUGUGUGUGGUGGGGUUGUGCCUCAACCUGCUGGCCCUCUAUGUCUUCCUCUUCAGGAUCAAGAUCUGGAAUGCCUCCACCACGUACAUGUUCAACCUGGCUGUGUCUGACACACUCUAUGUCAUAUCCCUGCCCUUGCUGGUGUAUUACUACGCCAAGGGGGACAACUGGCCCUUCAGUGUAGCCUUGUGUAAAAUAGUCCGUUUCCUGUUCUACACCAACCUCUACUGCAGCAUCCUCUUCCUGCUCUGCAUCAGCAUCCACCGUUUCCUGGGCAUCUGCUUCCCGCUGAAGUCGCUGCAGUGGGGCCGCGUCCGCUACGCACGGAGGGUAUCGGGUGUCGUUUGGUUGGUCAUAAUCACGUGCCAGUCGCCGGUGCUCUUCUUCGUCACCACCAGCGUGAGGUGCGAGACCAUCACCUGCCACGACACGUCGAGCAAGGAACUCUUCGGCCAGUUCAUCAUCUACAGCUCGGUGAUGCUGGUGCUGCUGUUCUGCAUCCCUUUCCUGACCAUCAUCGUGUGCUAUUGCCUCAUGACUCGGAAGCUGCUGCAGCCCACCCAGGGGACCUCCCGGAUGUCCAACUCCAAAAAGAAGUCAGUCAAAAUGAUCAUCAUCGUCCUGGUGGUCUUCAUCAUCUGCUUCCUUCCUUUCCACAUCACUCGCACCUUGUACUACUCCUUCCGAAGCUGGGACCUUAGCUGCGAGACCCUCAAUGCCAUUAACUUAGCCUACAAAAUGACCAGGCCCUUAGCUAGCACCAACAGCUGCCUGGAUCCCAUUUUGUACUUCUUAGUAGGCCAAAGGUUUGUCAAAUUUGCCGGCCACAAAAUGCCAAUGAAAACUCCAAACCAAAAGGCAUUGGAGAGCACUCCCAACACCAACACAGAAACCAGCAACAACCUAGAUAUCAUAGUCAAAUUGUGAAACCCCAGCCUGCUACAUUUCUGUCCACUGUCCCACCCCAUUGUGGAUUAUUCUGUCUCCCUUGUGGAAGAACUUCUCCACUGUGUGAGGAGGAGUCUGGCACGUUGCCACAGUGCAGGUGGAAUCCACUAGUGAGUGUGUUACAAGUCUCCGCAAAGGACCCGAGUUGUCGCAGCCCGCAGCUAGAGGGCCUGACUUGCACUAAGGCUGCAGCAGCUCAAGCUUUUAGCGCUGAAGGGCCCUGGUUCAACUUGUGGUGUAUUAGUCAAGAUGGCAGCUCUCACGCAGGCAGUGGAGUCCCUAGACUCAGGGGAACUGACAGCUUGCGCAGGCCCCUAGGCAAGGAAGGAGGCAGCUCCAUGCUUCCAGAAGGGAAGGAGCCUUGGGCCGAAGGGGUGGGACUGAGGCAGCCAGCCCUCUGUGACUCCCCUCCCCUCAUAAUGCUCUAUCAGCAAUUUAAAGGGCUUGUAGCUCUGGCUACCACUGCUGCUGCCAUAGCAACAUCAGUGGCCAGGAACCUUGGCCCCUUUGAAUCAGUAGACCGGAGGGCAGUUGUCCCCUUUGCCUCUCUCUCUUGGCGGGACCUAGACUUCAGGUGUCCUGUGUGAGUAGAAAUGUUCAACAAGAUACACCUGCGUGAAGGUCACCGGUUUAAUGACUUUUGGGAACUAAGGGGCUGCUAAAGUGAUAUAUAAAAAUCCCAUAUGCAUGUCCUCCUUCAGCUCUGCAACCCAAAUGCUUCCUCACCAAACCCGCUCUUCUGCCUGACACUGGGUGGUGUCUAUCCAACAGGGAGCAAAGACUACCUGGCGCAUGGUUGUCAGUCCAAAGAAAUGACAAUGCACAGUAAUAUAAAUACAUUUCAUGGUAAAUGUUUGUACUGGCUUUUCAAAAACACAUUUUUUCAACUCCCCACUCCAAUCUGCCGGUCACUGAACUUUUCAGCUUUUCACAAAAUUUUGUGCCACAUUUCCUGUUGAAAUUUUUAUUUAAAAAAAAAAAUUGCAAUUGACAAAAAAACAGUUUUCUCUUUGUAAAAAAGGUCAGUAAUUAUUCCGACAAGUUUUAGUCCACUUAUUGAUUUAAAAUAUCACAGAAAAUGAAGCCCUGAAGCAUAGGAAAAAACCUUUGACAUUUUUUACCAAAUCAUUUGCUAUUUUUUAUCCAGCCUCAAUGCAUUUAGCAGGGAUGUUUUUAUUGAUCAUACCAGAGCCAGGCUUUUAUCGAUCAUACCAGAGCCAGGCUUUUAUCGAUCAUACCAGAGCCAGGUUUUUAUCAAUCAUACCAGGCUUUUCCUCUUUCUGCAAGCAGAAAAAUACUAUCAGCAAGGUCUUUUCCUCCUGGGCAAAUAUUUAGCACAGGAAAGGAAAGUAUAUAAAUUAUAAGGCUGAAAGGAAACAGAAAAACUCCCCAGCAAGGAAUUCUGCCCAGUUUUAGGAGUUGUCUGACCUUUCCAAAUGCAAUAAUCCUCUGUCUAGCUAGCAAGUAUCUCAUCACAGAGCUUUUCUCCAGAGAGCUGCACUGAAGUUAACCCCUUAUUCACCAGAGACUUGAUAGUGCUGACUUACCCAGUCACACCCACAUUCUACAAUCUUUUCCAAAGCCAGAAAGCCUCCGAACUGCAGCUUUUACUAAUUGCCCAAUACUAACUUCUUUUGGGUGAGGUUUUCUUGUUAAAUGUUUUAAAUGUUUAAAAAGUGAUAGGCCUUUCAUCAAAAACCUAGCCACUUAAUCCAGGGCCGGAGUGGAAGGUCCAGUCUAUGCUAUCACUCUGUGGUCACCAACCAGUAGAUCAGGAACUACUGGUAGAUCUUAGAGCCUCUGACAGGUGAUCCUUACUGGUUUGGCCAUGUGGCUAUCAAGUACCAGCACUUCCUCCCAUGGCUGUGCAUUGCUAGCCCUUUGCCUUGGAGCUGUUCCCCCAGGAGCCUCCUGCUUGCUGUGCAGGGCGGGAGAGGGAGAGGAGGGUGCUGAUGUCACGGUGCCCCCUUCUCCCACUCUGUAUCCUAUCUCCACAGAGCAGAGAGGGGGCACAACAGGAUGAGGAAUAGAGCAAGUUUCCUGGUUGCUUUUGGGAGUGGUGUAGGGCUAGGGCAGGGGUGAACCUUUCUUAGCCCCACUGCACCACCACCCAGGAGCCACCUGAGGUAAGCAGUGCCUAACUGGAGUCCACAUCCUGAACCCCUACCCAAGUCAUGAACCGCCUCCUAUACCUCAAGCCCCUGCCCUAGCUCUGAGCCUCCACGCAUCCAAACACCCUCCCAGAACCUGCACCUAGAACCCCUUCCUGCAACUCAACUGCCUGCCCCAAGCUCAGCUCAGAGCCCCUCAUACUCUAAAUCACCUUAACCUAAGACCAGAACCUGCACCCCUAGCCCUCUGCCUGAGCCUGGUGAAAAUGAGUGAAGGUGGAGGAGGGUGGGAGGAUGAAAGGAAUUUUUUCUUCUCUCCGUGCACAGUCAACCUCCGGAACAACUUGUC